UUCUCUGUGUCGUUUUGAGAGCUUGUGUGUUCAAACAUGCUGACGAGAGAAGAGGGGGGAGAAAGAGAUAGACCAUUAUUCUUACUACAGGAAGUGCAUAAUACUAGCAACAAAAUCAAACACAUACUUCAGUUUCUUUAGUGUACUUGCCAGGAUUUCUCAUCAAUGCGAAUAGAUGGAAUAGACUGCAGCUAGCUGCACACGGCCCUUGUUUUCACAGGAGCAGCAUACCCGCAUUGACCUAACGUCAUUUAGAAUUCUACAUGAUUCCAGCUACUGGAACAUCCAAAACAUGUUUGUUAGAAUGGCCACAUUCCACUCGAUACAUGUGACAUGUUAAUAGCCUAACAAUCGUUGAAUUUACGCGUUUCUGCCUGGCUGCCAUGCUUUUAUCACAUGACAAAUAUCCCCGUAGGGCACUGAAAGGUAGUUGUCAUGGAGAUGAGGGGUAGAUCUGAUGCUUGCAGCUCGAGAUUCAAGUGAACGAUUUUUUUUAGCAGCAACGACGGAACAGUUGACAAGAAUCCGAUUCUAGUUCACCGGCAGACCACCCACACAGCCUUACCAACAUGCAGGAGAUGAGGAACGGGAUGAUGCACUUCCCACCACCUGUGAGCAGAGACCGGGUCAUAUCCAAGUUCCCAAAGUGUUAUACUCCACAGGCCUGUCUGCAGAUUAAGGAGGAUUGGGAUGCCCAGGCCAAGGCUGCCUGCAAAGAAAGAACUGACAGGCAUCAGGGAUGGGACAGACUGAAGAUGUCCAAAGCAGUGGUUGUUGGUGACCUUAAUGUGGGCAAGACCUGCCUAAUAAACCGGUUCUGCAAAGAUGUAUUUGACAGAGACUACAAGGCUACCAUAGGAGUCGACUUUGAGAUCGAGAGGUUUGAGCUCUCAGGAGCUCCAUUCUCCCUUCAGAUCUGGGACACAGCUGGCCAGGAAAAAUUCAAAUGCAUCGCUUCAGCAUACUACAGAGGAGCUCAGGUGAUAAUCACAGUAUUUGACAUGGCAGACAUUAAGAGCUUGGAGCACUCAUGGCAGUGGUUAGAUGAGGCCAUGAGGGAGAAUGAACCUGGCUCCUGUUCUGUUUUCCUGGUCGGAACCAAGAGUGACCUACUUGCUCCAGAGGAGCGCCAGAGGACUGAGAGAGACGCCAUCAAGAUAGCAACUAAAAUGAAAGCUGAGUUUUGGUCUGUUUCGGCCAAGACAGGGGAGAACGUGCAGGGGUUCUUCUUCCGGGUGGCAUCUCUGGCCUUUGAAGACUCUGUACUGAAGGACAUGGAGAAAGGGAUCACCUCCACUCGAAUAGGAGGAGGAGACAGCAUUAAAUCUGACAGAGCCAACCUGGAGGAGCCCCAGUCCAGAGCAGUGAAUACGAAUUGCUGCUGAGAAAAGAGAAGAG